AUGGGAACUCACCGCCUUCCCCGCAGACUGCGCGCCCUCCGUGCCUCCAAGACCUACGACACAGCCGUCGGCCCACCGCCGAUUCCAGCACCGCUGCACACCUGCAGCGAGGCACGAAGCUUCUUAACCUCUUGUCACCCCCCCGUGUAUCACAAAAUGUACCUGGAUUGCACCCCCCACGACGAUAGUCAAGAAUCCUCCUCGCACAGAAAAUACACCUGGGCUAACUGGGAGCUCGACACAUUGGUUUUGGAAGACUCACUGCACACGGUCGUUGUUGAUCAUAUUGCCACGAUGUUGAUGCCGAGGCGGCUGGCAGUUCCCUGCUUGAAGGGAUAUGUCUCGAACUUCUUGUUUGAGCUUAUUGACAAGCUGAAAAGUGUCAAGGAGGUUGAACUUUUGCUGGACGACGUCGACUCUCCUUUUAAUAGGUCCUCCUGGGAGGCAGGCUGGCACAGCCCUGCCAUGGAGUGUGAUUUUGGGCACAUUGAGACCUUUUGGCUCGUGCAUGAUGGCGGCAGGAGACGGUGGGCCAAGUGGGAUGAAUGGCGCGCCGAAAAGAGAUGGGAGUUUGAUGAAGACGAUUUGGAUGAGGCGUUGAUGGAGACUUUCAAGGAGCUCCGCAUGACGAUACCCGGGUGGAAGCCCUUUGGUCGUCCUGCACGGGACAUAGAUGCGGAUAUUCGGUUCACCUGA